AUGCCCGACAACAUUGAAAUCACACCUCGCACCGGCACUGCCUUCACCUUGAACAAGGGACAGCGCUUGACCGUGAUUGAUCCCAAAGGUGUACAAGUCUCUGACCUUGUUGCCUUUAACCGUCACGAUCCCGACGAAGUCAUCAGCAACGGCAGAACGCUCGACUACGCAAGUCGGAUAUUCCUCACCACCGGCGACCCGCUGUACUCGAACCGCAGCAAUGUCAUGCUCAAAAUCGUCGCCGACAACUCUCCUGGCAAGCACGAUUUUCUCUUGACACCGUGCUCAAAGGACACUUUCCGCAUCAUCUAUGGCGACAAAGACCCUCACCAAGGAUGUUUUGGCAACAUCGCUGGCGCCAUUGAAAAGUACGGCAUCUCACCCGAUCGUAUUCCUUGCGCGUUCAACUGCUUCAUGUAUGUCACUGUCGAUUCGGAUUCGGGAGAGCUCAAGGUGUUGCCGCCCAUCACAAAAGCAGGUGACAGCAUCGAGUUCGUGGCAGAAAUGGAUCUGAUCAUCGCUUUGACUGCUUGUUCCGCUCUGCAGUCCAAUGGCGGAUCAUUUAAGCCAAUCCAAUACAGAAUCAGCGAUUGA